AUGGGCCCCCGGCCCGAGCGUGGCCGGCCGCGCGCGCCCGCCCCGGUCACAGCCGGGACGCGCCGCCGGGCGGUGCGGGGGGCGGCCGCGGCCCCGCAGCGCUCAUGCCCCGCCCGGCCCGCGGCGGCCGGCGCGGCGGGGGCUGCUGUGGCUGCGGUGGCUUCGCGCCCGGGGCUGGGGGCGGCGGGGCUCCGGCCGGGAGCGCGGAAACCCCGGGCGGAUCCUGCUGCUGCUGUGGUGCUCCCAGCUCUGCUCGGGGAUCUGCUGGGAUCUGCUCUCUCCUCCACGCUCCUCCCGGGUCCUCCGCGCGCCGCCCCGCGCACCCUCAGCCCAGCCUCCGGCCGCCGGUCCGGCGCUCACGUCACGGGCGCGUGUGAGCAUGCGCCCCGCGGCCCGGCCCCCGCCCGCCCCGCGCCCGGCCCUUCCUUACUCCCUCCCCGCCCCCGGCAGGUUCCCGGCCCCCGGAGCGAGGGCGGAGAGAGGAGCCGGGAGCUGAGGGCGGAGGCCCACAAGUGGGGGCGACUCCCUGUUGCUUCCGCCUCCGGGGCGGGUUCGGGGAGCUCGGCCGUGGAGGCGGGCGGCGGGCGCUGGGUGCCCCGCGGAAGCCCGCGCCUCCCCGUCCCUCUGCCUCGGCCGGAGUACCCGGGCCCCUGUCGCACUCCGACCCGAAACUUUAAUCUUUCUGCUGAAGGCCUGUCGGUGGGAGAGAGGUGGCGAAGGUCAUCAAGAGGCAUUAACAAACAUCUUUAGCCACCUGUAGGGAGCAGGACUCCUCACCCGGGCAGGAAUGCAAUUGAAUGUGAAUGUUGUCCUGCCUGGCUGCGGAAGAGAAGCAGUAUUGGGCACUUUUUGAGUUAGUCACGGAUGACUAGGGAUGAGUAUUAAUGAAUGGUAAUAAAGUAUCUGGAUUCUGAAACUACUUCAAUAAAAUGUUUCAAUUUUUGGUCAUUGAUUAACUCAUUGAUUCUCCACUCAUUAACCAAAUCUAUUCUCUGCCUUCUCUGUCCUGCUCUGUGCCCCAAAGGCCUAUAGG